AUGUGUGCACAGGUAUCGGAUGAUAUCAGUUUUGGUGAUCUGAUUGAUGCACAGAUACACGGUGUGUCUCAGAACUAUUCCUUGUUGCCGUAUUUUGGCCUAUUUGCCUGUGUGUUGAGUACACGAGUAGCAGUUGGAGGAAGAAUUGAUUUCCCGCAGUAUCUGGGGAAGAUGAGUUCAAGUCGAGUAGUUGGAAAUCUGCUUCAUGGCAUUUCAUUGGAUUCUGAUCUCUGUUUAUCUGAUACACAGAAAUACAUCGAAAUAUUUGUGAAGGAGGCUUGUAGACUGCUGGAGAAUGGAUGUGCUACUGAGUGUGUAGAUUAUAUUGAUCAGAAUGGCAUCACAAGAGAGACCCUGAUGAAUCUAUUCAAAUACUACAAAUGUGACUUAGAAAAUGUUGAUAAGAAGGAUAAGGCAGCAUUCACCAAGGAAUGGAACAGUAGGCACAAAGAAACAAGGAAUAAACCAGUUAAAAGUGUGGAAGAAGCAGAGAAAGACAGUUUUGUAGAAGAAUGA